AAUCAAGAUAUCAGUCAAAAACGCAACCAAUGGCCACAAUGCAAAAUCUGUUCAACGCUUUCAUGUCCGUGCUUAAUCGCAUACAUUCCCAAUUUUUAUGCCGACGAUACUCUAUGUACUACAAACAUUAUUUCUCAAUUUGAAAACUAACCAUUCAACAAAUGUAUAUGAAAUACCGGCUUAUGUGUAUUUAGCCAGUUGCAAUCUGACCACCCAAUAAGAAUUGAUGUGAAACAAAAAUGUGACAAUGUCAAGAAAUCGGUGUAACGACAGCACCUUCUUGACAACAUGCUACUGUUCUCAUUUGCCCGUUAAUCAUUCAGUUAAUAAUUACCGUUUGCAAUGUAACCAACGUACUCUGUCUCGGCUUAAGUACAUUUCAACUCAACACAUUUCUUCGGACGAAAACCAAAACGAUUGCGGUUAUAAUUCUGAAUAGUUUGACACCAAAUUUCAUAAUUUUUCUUUCGAAAUUCAGCAAUAAUAAAUAUAAAACAAAGAAAAUAACUAUUUACACGUGAUCCCCUGCACAUUUACAACGAAACAAAAAUUAGUGAAAUUGCUUGAUAACAAUUUGUUGAAAUAAAAUUCCGAUACAAAGAAUACCACAAUGGAAAGCAUUUGUCAUCAUGUGUUUGGAUUCAUUUUACGCAACGAUUUGAUUGGUUUGCAAACAGUGUUGAAGAAAAAUCCAGAUGCAUUAGAAUACAACGACCGAUUCUCAAACACUCCAUUGCUCUAUGCGUGUUAUUGCGGUCGAAGUCAAAUCGUCAGCUAUUUGCUUGCACUGGGUGCUAAUCAUCAGCGUAUAAAUGUUUUUGGUCAAAAUGCAUUGACAUUGGCUACAUAUUCCGGUAAUAUUGAGACGUGCAAUAUGAUUCUCGCUCAUUUUGAUUUCAAUGAAUUCAAUUCAACUGGGAUAUUGUCACCGUUAUGUGUGGCCACACUCCAAGGGAAUACCGCCAUUGCAAAAUUCUAUUUGACUUUGGAAAUGCCAACCGAAAAUCCAUUUGAUUGCUCAAGUGAAUCGAUCCAUGGCGUUUGCCCAAUGCAAUUAGCACAUUUCAAAGGCGACAUCAACAUGAUAAAUUUACUACGGCCGAGACAUCAAUUGCAUAUGCUUAAAAACACCACAAAUUCAUUAAGACCAUAUCAUCCGAAUCGAAUUCAAUAAUAAUCAGCUGUUCACUUGUGCUGCAUGAUUUAUGUUUGGACCAACGAGAAUUUUCCAUCAAUGCCGUAAUUACGCAAUUUGUAAAAAAAAGACGACGAUUUCCACUUUAUACCAAUAAAAUUUCAAUCGGCAUUUUAAUUGAACAUAUGACAAACGCAUACAGUCGCGCAAUUGUAUUAAUUUAGACGAAUAAAAAUAGGUUAAACAAGGCAUUGAAUGCUAAACAUUGUAAAGAUAAUUUUGAAAACAAACUUCCUUUGUGCUGAGACAAAA